AUGUCUCUUCAAACUCAACUCUCAGUUCAAAAACUACUUGAUCUUUAUCAAGCCUACAUUGUGCCUCGCCUCACCCAAAAGAACAAGACAAUUGGUAUCAGUACUGCUGUUGCUCUGUCUUUAGUCUACUUUAUUCGUAAUCGUAUCUUGAAACCACCCAAGUCAUUGCGUCGUAUUCCAUAUAUUGGUUAUUUUACCAUCUUGGGCUCUUUUAUACGAGGUGAAUCUCAAUGGGACUUUGAUCAUCGAGUCUUGUUUCCUAUGCUUGAGUCUAAAUGCAAAGACGGUAUUUAUAUGAAACCUACUGCACUUGGUUGGACUAUCUUUGUUACUACACCUGAACAUGCUAAAGUUGUCUUCCUCAAGACAGUCAUGGGCAGAUUUGUUAAUGGCCCCAACCUCGUCUUUUUGAAUGGUCCUCAUUGGAAAUCACAAAGAAAAGUAGCUAAUCCUGCCUUUCAUCGAUCGAUGCCGGUCAAUUUGUUUGGCCAAUUGACCUUGAAACUCUUUGAUGUGAUUGAAAAAGAUGGCCCUAAGGUUGAUUUCUCUGAUUUGAUGCAAAGAUGGACAUUGGAUGCAAUUGGCCAAGCAGGCUUUGGAUUUAAUUUCAAUGCACUAGGUGAUAAAGACAACGAUUGGGUCAAGACAUACAACACAAUCAAUGAAGGCUCCACUAGUAUUCUUUACGGUGUCUUUCCUGGUCUUGAUAAUCGAAACUCGUUCUUCUUACCUCCUCGACGUCGUACAAUUCACCGUGAACUAGAUCGCUUUCUUGGUAUGAUCGACCAAGUCAUCUUGAAAAAAAGAGAGCAAGUCGCCAAGGGCAACCUACAAAACGACGCACUUCAAGAAAACGAAAAAGACUUGUUGACAUUGAUGAUUGAAAGUGAACAAAGAGGAGAAGGUGUCUUGUCAGACGAAGAACUUAAAAGCAAUGUCUGUAUUUUCUUUUUAGCUGGUCAUGAUACAACAGCAAACACAUUGUGUGUGAUUGUUCUUUAUUUGGCUCUUUAUCCAGAAAUGCAACAAAAAGCAAGAGAAGAAGCCUUUCGCGUCUUGGGUGAUGAGCCUAGAGAUAUCUUGCCUACCUUAGACCAAACCAAAGAAUUAACAUACAUUAACCAAAUCAUGAAAGAGGCAUUACGUAUUCGUGGUCCUGCUCCCCGUGGUAUCCCUCGUCAAGUCACUGAAGAUAUUGUCUUGUCUGACAAACCUAUUCCCAAGAACUCUUUAAUUUCAGUGGACCUGUUUGGUAUUCAUCACAACAAGCGUGUCUGGAAAGACCCUGAAGUCUUUGAUCCUGACCGAUUUGAUGAAGACAAUGAGAACAAUGGUCCUAGACCAGGCAUGGCUUGGGUUCCCUUUAGUAACGGUGCUCGUCAAUGUAUUGGCAUGAAUUUCAGUUUAUAUGAACAGCGCGUCUUGUUAGCUAUGCUUUUGAGAAAGUACAUUUGGACACUGCCUGAAGAUUCUAUCCAUAAGCAUGGUAUUAUCAGUCAAGGUCAUGGCAUUGUUGGUCCUGCUCAAGUCAAUAUCAAUUUUAAAAAGAGAUUUUAG